UUUAUCUAUUGUCAAAUUCCAAAAAGGCAAAAGAAAACGAAAAUCCAUCACCUUACAUUACUCCAUGACAUUAACCCUCAUUUUCUCUCUCUGCUCUCUUAAACCAAAAGCUGACUUCCUCAUACAACGUUCAAAUAUCUUUUCCAUCGAUUGAUUGAGCUCCAUUUUCUCAGUUGCUCCAUCUUAUUCAACCUCUAAUGCACCUAAGUCUUCAAUUUUAGCUCAAUUUUUUUUCUGGGUAUCAUUUUUUGGUCUUCCAUUUCAGUUUCAGCUGCUAAUUUUCCUGGGUAGUAGGAAAAACCUUCUGGGUCUUCCAGUUUCAGCUCAAUUUUGAGCUUAAUUUCUUUCUGGGUGAUCAAAUUUUAGUUCAAAAUAUUCUAAUUCAUCAUAUUUUAUCUCCUAAUUAUCAGGGUCAUCAUAAAUUAUCUCAAGUUUUUCUAGGUUGUUGAUUCUGAGCUGAUAUUUUUUCUGGGUCAAUCCAGCUUGAGCUUAAAGAGUACUGGGUCGUUCUAUUUUUGAUCAAAAUUUAUGUGGGUAACCAAGUUUGAGCUUAAUUUUCAUCGAUUUUGAGGUGGAACAUUCCAAUAAGCUUUAAUCAUUCUUUAAUAAGGAGUUUUUUGGGAUGAAAAAUGCAUAAAACAGGGUAAACUCAUGAAAGAUAUAGAAAAUGGGUGGAGUUACUUCGUCAAUUGCGGCUAAAUUUGCAUUUUUCCCACCAACUCCUCCGUCAUAUACAGUGGUCGCCGAUGAGAAUUCCGGCGACGGAAAAUUUAUGAUACCGGAAGUUCCUAGUAGGAAUGGGGUGGAUGUUCUUAAGCUUAAAACGCGGCGAGGGAACGAUGUCGUUGCGGUGUAUGUGAAGCAUCCUAAAGCUUCUUCGACUUUGCUGUAUUCUCAUGGCAAUGCUGCUGAUUUAGGUCAAAUGUUUGAACUUUUUGUGGAGCUUAGUAGCCGCCUUAGGGUUAAUCUAAUGGGGUAUGAUUACUCCGGAUAUGGACAGUCGACAGGAAAGCCUACUGAAUCUAAUACAUACGCCGACAUUGAUGCAGCAUAUAAAUGCCUCAAAGAGCAGUAUGGGGUGAAAGAUGAACACUUAAUAUUGUACGGUCAGUCAGUCGGCAGCGGUCCUACAGUUGAUCUAGCUGCACGCACCCCUAACCUUCGAGGGGUUGUUCUGCAUAGCCCUAUCCUUUCUGGAGUGAGGGUGCUUUAUCCAGUCAAAAGGACAUAUUGGUUUGAUAUAUACAAGAACAUCGACAAAAUCGCCCUGGUGAAUUGUCCUGUCUUGGUGAUCCAUGGAACAUCCGAUGAAGUUGUUGAUUAUUCCCACGGGAAACAACUUCAUGAACUCUGUAAGAAAAAGUACGAACCCUUGUGGCUCAGUGGCGGUGGACAUUGCAAUCUCGAGCUCUACCCAGAAUAUAUCAGACAUUUGAAGAAGUUCGUAUCAUUUCUCAACAAACCGAAGCCAACUUCAAACGGUACUAAAGAUCCGACUGUAGAGUCCUCAUCGAACGAGCCUUCUAAUGAGUCAACCGUAGAAUCAGGCAAUCAUACCAAGGCGUCCGACAACCAAAACAAGGUAUCCACAACGUCAAAUGCAGGCACAUUUGAAUUGAAAUCUGACCUCCCAGAAGUAUCGAGAAUUAGCUUAGAUAGCCGGCUUGAAAAAUCCAAGAAGACUUCCAAACCCGAAAAAUCGCGAAUGAGCACAGACCAGGUUGACAGAUUUAGGAGAAAAAAGGGACUAUUAUGGUGAUCGAAAGUUCGAUCUUCAAUUACGAGUCACGAGCGAUUGUGACAACCUUUGGCUUGUUGCAAAGGGGAUUUUAUUUCUUACACUGAUUCUGUAACAAUGUGUAUUAACUAAUAACUCCAAAAGUAUAAAUUUGAGUGUUGUUAAUUGUUGAGAUGUUUUGAUCCAUACCUGGAUGGUAAAUGUUCUUACACAGGCAAAUCAUUUGAGCAUAAUAAGCUCAUUAG